AUGCAACUCUCCGUCGUUUUCCUUCUUGUCGUUCUCUGCUUGGCCGCUGUCAUCGCUAUUCCAAUUAGUGAUGCAUCCCGUGCUCGCCGUGAUGCCGUCUCGGAGAAGCGUCAAACGAAGUCUCGUUCCGGAUACAUCCGCUUCGGAAAGCGACGAGUCGACCCAAAUGCCGAACUUCUCUAUCUCGACCAACUUCUUCUCUGA